CCUUUUGUUUGAUUCUUCAUUGCAAUUUCAAAAGGAAGCCAAAAAAGAAAAGUUCUCUCUGUCUCUGCUCUCUUUGUUGUUUUAGUAUUUUUCUUUCUUUCUCGACAGCAUGAAAAUGGAGAUUGAUCUUUCCCCAAGAUUGCCCACCAAAGUGUACGGUGGAGAUGGUGGGUCUUACCUUGCCUGGUGUCCAUCAGAGCUUGCCAUGCUACGUGAAGGGAAUAUUGGAGCAGCUAAACUUGCUCUCGAAAAGGAUGGCUUUGCUCUUCCUCGUUACUCUGAUUCUGCUAAGGUUGCUUAUGUUCUCCAAGGGAACGGCGUGGCUGGAAUUGUUCUCCCUGAGAAGGAGGAGAAAGUAAUUGCAAUAAAGAAGGGAGAUGCUAUAGCCCUUCCAUUUGGAGUUGUUACAUGGUGGUACAACAAAGAAGACACUGAAUUAGUUGUUCUCCUUUUAGGAGAUACCUCAAAAGGCCACAAAGCUGGUGAAUUUACAGAUUUCUUUUUAACUGGUACUAAUGGAAUAUUCACUGGCUUCUCUUCUGAAUUUGUAAGUCGAGCAUGGGAUCUAGAUGACAAAACUGUGAAUGCCCUGAUUGGAAACCAAUCAGGCAAGGGAAUUGUCAAGCUCGAACCAUCUUUCAAGAUGCCUGAACCUAAAAAGGAACAUCGUACCGGGUUUGUAUAUAACUGUGAGGAAGCUCCAUUAGAUGUUGAUAUUAAAAAUGGCGGAAGGGUUGUUGUCUUGAACACAAAGAACCUUCCUUUAGUUGCUGAGGUUGGUCUUGGUGCUGAUCUUGUAAGGCUGGACGGCGGUGCUAUGUGCUCGCCUGGAUUUUCCUGUGACUCGGCUUUGCAGGUUACUUACAUUGUUAGAGGCAGUGGCCGGGUUCAGGUUGUGGGUGUUGAUGGCCGGAGAGUCUUGGAAACUACUGUGAAGACCGGUAAUCUGUUCAUUGUUCCAAGGUUUUAUGUUGUUUCCAAGAUUUGUGAUCCUGAUGGCAUGGAUUGGUUCUCUAUAAUCACUACUCCCAACCCUAUUUUCACUCAUUUGGCUGGUAGGACUUCAGUGUGGAAGGCAUUGUCACCUCAAGUUUUAGAGGCAUCUUUCAAGGUUCCUUCUGAUGUUGAGAAGCUAUUCCGCUCUAAGAGAACUUCUGAUGAGAUUUUCUUCCCACCACCAAACUGAAGCUGAAGCUGGGCGUUGUCAGGAAGCAUUAGCUUAGCUUUAUUAGCUUAAUUUAUUUCAGUUUCUUCAGAUUUCUCAAAUAAAGGCUUUAGAUAUGUUAUAUUCAAUCAAAAUUGCUAGUUUAUUUAUUAUCAAUUUCAAUUUAUUUACAAGUGA